AUGGCUUUCCUUUUCAAAUCAAAGAAACACCAGGACAGGGCACUGGCAGGAGGUCGCGAUGGUCCAAACAGUUCUCAGGGGUCGGUGCAGAGCCCCGAUGCUCGAUCCCGCGUCGUCAGGGAAGAGAAGGGCCCAACGCACAGGUCAACACCAACAGGCAGCCUGAACUCGAUCGACAACGAUGCUAGCAAUGCGAGUCCAGACCAGGGCUUCAAUCCUGGCCCACCACGUCGGGCACAAACAGGUGAUCCGCCUGCCCAGGCGCCGCCCGACACGCAACAACAGUUUCGAAACGGUCCCUCUCCACCAAACCCCAACUCGUCGCUGUACCCAUGGUCGCAACGGAAACUGAACUUUACUUCGUCCCACCCCGGGCCCUUUCCCCGUUAUGGCGCAGCUGCCAACGCUAUGUCGUCGAAAGAAGGCGACAUGUACGUCAUGGGCGGCUUGAUAAACAGUUCCACUGUUAAAGGUGACCUUUGGAUGAUCGAGGCUGGUGGCAGUUUGUCAUGCUAUCCACUCGCUACGACCGCCGAAGGGCCAGGGCCAAGGGUUGGGCAUGCCAGUCUGCUUGUUGGCAACGCCUUCAUCGUCUACGGCGGCGAUACCAAGAUUGAAGAGAAUGACUCCCUCGACGAGACCUUGUAUCUAUUGAACACAUGGUCAAAGAUAUUCAUUUUCGGAGGCCAAGUCGAGGGCAUUUUCAUGAAUGAUCUGGCGGCUUUUGACCUGAACCAGCUUCAGAUGGCUAACAAUCGAUGGGAACUGCUUAUUAUGAACAGCGAUAGCGGUGGUCCACCCCCGGGCAAGAUCCCGCCUGCGAGGACGAAUCACACCAUGGUGACAUUCAAUGAUAAGAUGUACCUCUUCGGUGGUACAAAUGGCUUCCAAUGGUUUAAUGAUGUCUGGGUAUACGACCCUGCAUCCAACUCGUGGUCACAAUUGGACUGCAUAGGAUACAUACCUGUGCCUCGUGAGGGACAUGCUGCUGCCCUGGUCGACGACGUUAUGUACAUCUUUGGGGGUCGGACUGAAGAAGGAGCUGACUUGGGUGAUUUGGCCGCCUUCCGAAUCAGCUCUCGCCGGUGGUACACCUUCCAGAACAUGGGCCCGUCUCCGUCGCCUCGAUCGGGCCAUUCGAUGACAACUGUUGGCAAGACCGUGGUGGUUGUUGGCGGAGAGCCGAGCCAAGCCGCACCUCCAGUCAAUGACCUCUCCCUCAUUUACUUGUUGGAUACGACAAAAAUUCGCUACCCUAGCGACUCACAGAUUCAGUCACAGUCACAGAGGGCUCCUGGACAACGGCGCCCAAGCAUGGCCGAGUCGCCCUCGUCUUACGGUCGUUUGCCCUCCCGUGACGGCUCGCAAGGGCCGCCAGGGCAAGGGAGACUGAUGGGCGCGCCCAAGAAAAACGCCGCUCUCAACAGUCCCAGGGGCAUGGGCACUCCCGAGGGGGGUCUCGUCAACGGCCAACCUGGUCCAGGCUCUCGUGGCCCCAGGGGUCCACCGCCUGUUACUCUACCACCAAGCGGGCCCCCGCCGCAGGGCCAGCCACCAAGACCAACCGUCAACACUGGGGCAGGCGCAAGACAGGGCAGGAAUGCAUCUUUGGAAAGGAACGAACUGACAGGAGUUGCGCCAGGCCCGAGCGGUCAGAAUCAGUCGCCAGUCUCGCAACAGAAGGACGUGGAGAGUCCUAUCGUGAAUGGACGCCGAACACCGACAGCUCAGACGGCCAAACCUGGCCCGGGAAGUGACACUGCGCCUGCAGAAACACCGAAGGCUGCGCGCAGUGCACGCCAGCGGGGACAAGGCUCUGUCGAUAGUACGACAGAGCCGAAUCUGAAAAAUAUGGUGGCUUCACCCGCUUCUAGGUCUGCUGCACCUGCUGCAGCCCCGGUCACGAAACCUGAACCAGCAUCCGCUCCUGUACGCCCAGCGUCACCCCCGCCGCCAACGCGACAGGCCAGCAACCCCAUUUCUCGAAGGUCGUCCAUGCGAAAUUCUCAGACAGUGGCAAUUCUCAAAGAGCUUGAUGCAGCACGCAACAGGAAUGCAUGGUACGCAUCGGAGCUGGAGCUGGCGCGGAAAGCCGGAUAUUCCCCGAACGCUUCCUUGAGCCCAACCCUUGAUAGCCGAGCGGCUGAGACAUUUGAUGAGGACGACAGACCCCUCAUCGAGGCACUCUUGACCAUGCGAACGGAGGUGGCUAAUGUGCAGGCAUCUCUCGACAAGCAGGCUGUGCUUGCCGCCAAACACAUUGCGGAAGCAGAGAAGCAAAGAGACGCAGCCAUCCAGGAGGCUGUCCAUGCCAAGGCCAAGUUAGCAGGACAUCUAGGCAGUGCAGCCAAUUCACCCCACCUCGACAACGAACGUGAAGAAGAUGAACGCUCGAACGAACUGGGCCGAAAGCUUGCUACUGCGCUCAAUGCUCAAAGGGAAUUGCAAAACGCUCUGGAUCGGAUGUCUUCAGAAGUCGAGUCUGAGAGGCGUGCGCGCAAGAUCGCAGACGAUACCGUAUCCGCUGCAGAGAAGCGCAUGGCCGCUCUCGAAGCAUACAAACAGCAAAGCUCAUCCGAGCUCGAGCAACUUAAGGCUGAGCUGCACCUGGUGCAGCGAGAAGCACGGGAGCAAUCUGUCCUCGCGCACGAGUCACAAGCAGCCCUGCAAUUGCUGCAAGCCGAAAAGACGAAGUUUGAGAACCAGUACCAGGAGGCGGUUGGAAGCUCCAGGGACCACAGUGAGACGAUGGAGUCCCUGCGGGAUGCCAUCGCUGCUUCAGCGGAAACCAAGGCUGUCUUGGAAACGAAGCUCGACGAAGAAAGGGCGCUGCGGGAGAAGGUCGAGAACAAGCUGACGAAGUUGAAGGCUGAGCAUGAGGCCCGGACUGGUGAGCUUGUCACGGCCACGCAGCGCCUGAGAGACGCGGAGGAAAUCGCCGAACGCCAUGCGAACGAGGCACGAACACAUCGCCAAGCGCUCCUGUCCGGCCUCGACAAGAUCUCCACGAGAGACGUCUCGGCGCCAAACAAGUCAGAGCACGACCGCUCCGCAGCGCUCCAGGGUCAGCUGGAUGCCGCAAAUGCCCUGGUAAAGAGGUAUCAACAGGAGGCGGACACUGCAUCGGAUAGAUUGCGAGCUGCAGAAGAGCGGAUCGCCGGCCUGGAGGCAUACCAAGAGCAAGCGAGCAGGGAAGGCGUGACCAUCCGGAGACAGCUGCAGGCUGCUCUUCGCGAGACUCAGUCUCUGCAGGCUACGAACUCGGACCUCAAGCACCAGCUUGCUGGCCAGCAGCUCGAGGCCAAUGCCAUAACGGUGCAGCACAAUACGCUCAAGGACAUACUCGUUGAGAGGGGAAUCAGCCCAACAAGCGCGGGGCGGACUCGCUCGAUGGCGAGCCCCCGGGAGGGUUCUCCAGAACUCUCCCGACUACGUGAACUGGAAAAGCAACUGGCUGCAUCCAUGGCAGCCCAUGAGGAGACCAAGCAGACAAUGUCGUCGCAGGCCCAAGGGUCAGAGGUCGCCUAUCGGGAGAAACUGACACAGCUUGAGAACGACUAUCAAUCUGCCGUGCAUUAUGUCAAGGGAACUGAGAAGAUGCUCAAACAGCUCAAGGAGCAGCUGGCGAGAUACAAGACGGAGAAUACUCGGCUGAAAGAAGAACUAGCAGAUAUUGAGGAAAAGGGCACAUCAUCAGGCGAUGUGCCGGCAGAUUGGGAGUCGGAGCGUAGGCAGCUGCACAGGAAGGUCGAGGCGCUUCAGGAGGAGAUAAGAACUUCGCAGGAGCAACUUGAAGAGCAACUGCAACACGUGCAGCAACAGCUGGCUGAGACCCGGCAGGCCCAAGAAGAGGCGUCCAAGAACAGCGAAGAGGCCAACACCCGCUUGUUGGCCAGCCGCAAAGACCUGGAACAACUGCAGCAGGAGAAUGCACUCCUCGAGCAACGGGCUCACGACGCAGAGACAAAGGUCUCUAUGCUGCUGGAUCAAGUCGAGACCUCUGUGGGCAACUACCGCCGGCAGAGCCGGCAGGUCCCGAGUAUUGCUUCUGCGGAACAGAUCGCGCCAGCCCUGCAAAAGGCCCCGUCUACCACCAGCUCGACAACAAACGGGGGAGGACACGCACGAGCAGGGAGUUCCGACUCGACAUCGGUUUACGAGACCAUGGGCGACGCUCGCAACAGUGCUGCGCUGGACAACCUAGCCAACGAGCUGGAGACGUUGCGGAGUCACUGGGAGGCGACGAACAAGAACUAUCGUUUGAGCAACACGUUUGACUUCGAGAUGCCUGCGUCUGGGCCUGCCAUCUCGUCCACAGGAGCAAGUGCGGUGGUGGACGACAAAGAGAAGGAAGCGCCUGAAGACGACGGGGAUGACUGA